ACAGCGAACCUCGCCACAUCUUUCACGUCGCUCUUCUCUACCACCCAGCUCCAAAACUCUUUCCUACUAAUCUCACACAUAAAAUCAUCACUUUCAUCCUCAACCCUCUGUACAUCAGCCAACAUGUCGAGUGCACACCCUCAUGAUGCGCCUCCCUCAUACGAAUCAGCCAUUGGUUCAUCCUCAGCUCCUCAACAAGGUAUCCGCCGCGUUCCCACCGAUGGUCCCGGCGCACGUAGAGCACGCAAUGGGAUCUCUCCAGAAGCGCGACGUUCAAUGGAAGAUUUGGCUAGGCCGUUACCAGACGGCUGGGUUCGUUCUUUCGAUCCAGAGGAGCAGCAUCAGUUCUUCGUAGAUACCAAAGCAGACCCUCCCAGAAGUAUAUGGACACACCCAUACGAUGAUGAAGAGUACUUAUCCUCACUGAGCCCCGAAGAGAGAAAAGAGCAUUCAAGUUUGCACCGCACUAUGUCUAUAGACGAUAUCGCUGCAGAGUCAAGCGACGACGACGACGAUCACAGAGGCGGUCCGAGUCAAACUUCACAACAACGACGAGCUGGCCCGGGAUCCACGCCUGGAGCGCUUCCAGACAGAGGAGAACCUGCGCCGAAAGGCCUUCACAAGUUUACGCGAAGGAUGAAGGACAAAAUCACAUCUACCACGCACGAAGAACGACAAGUACAGCGCGCUCAACGUGAGGAAGAAGAGCGCCGUGCUUAUCAACAGCACUUGAAAAUGCGGCAAGCCAUGAUUCGUGCCAUGCAAACCGGAGAGCCCCAGUUCUUAGGCAAAGACUCAAGAGGCCGCGAUGUCUAUCUCGAACCAGCUGCACGCGGAGGCUACCCUGGAAGAUACGCGAAUGGAGGGUACGGUUACAGUCCAUUCAGUUCGGGUUUGUAUGCAAGUCCAAAUACGAGGUACAUGCGGCCUGGAAUGCCCUAUGGCAGACCGUACGGAUAUGGAUACGGAGGAGGAAUGGGAAUGGGAGCACCACUAGCAGCAGGUAUACUGGGGGGUUCUUUGAUGGGAGGUCUCAUGUUCUAGGGCUCUAGUGCAACUUUGUUCGGAUGGGCAAGCCUUGGGACAUUUUGCGGGUCGCAAGGUUUGCGAGCGUCACGACAUCAUGGCCAGUGGUACGAAAAUGCUUGCGUGUGCCUUCACUUGGUGGAACCGAGCAAUUAAGUUUGAGUAGCGAUAAUACACCAACCUCGUCCAGAAACCGCAAAUU